CAUCCUCCUUCCUUUGGUGGUUCAAGUAACAUUAUACCGAAGAGGAACAAGUACACGGCAAGAAGAUGAUGAAGCUCUUGGUGUUGGCCCUCACGGGCUUCUGCCUGACCCAGGCAAUGGUUUUGGAAACCCGUACUGCUGACAUGGACUUCCUCCACAAGCAGAAGAAAAUCUACGACCUUUUCAUGUACAUCGACCAAAGCGAAUUUCACGGAAGCGAAUGGUACGAAACUGGACGCAACUACGACAUCGCCCAACACAUAGAAGACUACAAUGACAAGAUGUACGUCCGGGAAUUCAUGUACAGAUUCAAAUUGGGCAUGCUUAAACGUGGAGCCCUCUUCUCAGUCUACUACGAGGAACACCGCGAAGAACUUCGUAUCCUGUUCAAACUCUUCUACACCGCCAAGGACUUCACAACCUUCUACAAGACUGCUUGUUGGGCUCGUCACUACAUGAACAGUGGUAUGUUCGUAAUGGCACUCACCACUGCCGUCAUGUACCGUCCCGACUGCAAAUACAUCGUAUUGCCACCAAUGUACGAAGUCUACCCACACCUCUUCUUCGACAAUGAAUUCAUCCAAGAGGCUCACCACUACUACAUGAGCUAUGGCGCCAAGAAACCAACCGGCGAAGGUUACUUCAACGACUACUUCCUCAUUGACAAAAAUGCCACCAACCAAUUCAUGAAAUACUACAUGGACAAAGAAUACGAGCUGUCAUACUUCACUGAUGAUGUUGGCCUCAACAACUACUACUACUACGCCCGUAACGUCUUCCCAUUCUGGGUGAUACUCAAGGACCACGAAUUGCCAAAACACUUCCGCGGAGAAUUCUACUUCUACGUCCACCAGCAAUUGAUGGCCCGCUACUACCUCGAACGUCUCAGCCACGGUAUGGGUGAGAUCGAAGACUUCAGCUACUCCAAAUCAUUCGCACCUGGAUUCUACUCAAACCUCGUAUACGGAAACGGUGUUGCCGUUCCAAGCCGCGACCGCUACAGCGAAGUACCAUACUACAAAUACAAAUACGUUAACGAAAUUGAAAACAUCGAAUCCCGCAUUUAUGAUGCAAUUGACAGUGGAUACAUCUACGACUACGAAGGCAAGAAAUACGAACUCUACAGCACUGAAGGCAUGAACUGGCUUGGAAACCUCAUUGAAGGCAACUACGACUCACCCAACAUGAAAUUCUACGGUGCCAUCGACGCUCUCUACCGCGACAUCUUCGGAUUCAACUACGACUGCAAGCACAAGAACUGCUUCGUACCCAGCGCUCUCCAGAUCUACAGCACCAGUCUCCGUGACCCAGCUUUCUACAGACUGUACAAGAGAAUCAUCAGCUACUUCCUAAGAUACAAAACCCAAUUGCCAGCUUACACCCGCUCAGAACUCGAGUUCCCAGGCAUCAAGAUUGAAGACGUCAAGGUUGACAAACUCGUUACAUUCAUGGAGCCAUACGAAUACUUCAUGAACAACGCCGUCACUGUUGAAAACUACAAAGAAGGCAUGAGCUUCGGCAUCAAGGCCAAGAAAUACCGUCUCAACUACAAACCAUUCACUUACUACAUCAACGUUAUGAGUGACAAGAACACCAAGGGUAUGGUACGCAUCUUUUUGGGACCAUCCAUGGAUGACUACUACUUCAAGGAACAGAACUACAUGUACUACGACUGGUACAACUUCGUUGAGCUCGACAAAUUCUUCUACGAAUUCAAGUCUGGUAUGAACACCAUUGAACGCCACAGCACUGACUCAAUCUACACAGCCAAGGACUUCAUGGGAACCGACAAGUUCUACAAGAAAUUGUACAAGUCCAUUGAAGGCAGCGAACCAUUCACUUACCAAAGCAAAGUCUACGGAUUCCCAGACAACUUAUACUUGCCAAUGGGUAAAGUUGGCGGUAUGCCAUUCAAAUUAUACGUCUUCAUCUACCCAUACGAAGAGAGCAAGACCACCUACUUCGACCUACCAAUGUUCGGUAAAAUGAUGUACGAUGGCAAACCAUUCGGCUUCCCAUUGGACAGACCCAUGUACCCAUACUUCUUCGAUCUCAGCAACAUGUACUUCAAGGACGUUUACAUCCACUACGACAAAGAGUACAGCGACUACCACUACAAACCUUACUACCACGAAGACAUGUACUCAAAGCACAUGGACUACAUGAAGUACUCUGGCAACUACAAAAACAUGGAGAAGCCAUACUCCUUCAAAGAAUACCCAGAAGGUUACGAAUUCAAAGACUACGAACACAAAAGCUUUGACCCCAAGAGUUUCGAGCACAAGAGUUUUGAGCACAAGGGUUUCGAGCCCAAGAGCUUCGAGCACCACAAAAGUUUUGAACACAAGGGUUUUGAACACUACAAAGAUUACGAGCACAUGGACAAACCAUACUACUUCAUGGAGCAUGGAAAAUCCAAGUACUAAACAUCUCGUGAAAAUAUGACUGCUACUUUCAUGGUUUUAUGAUAAAUUCUAUGGUUAUUAAUUACUUUUUAUAUAAUUAUUGUUAGUUAUAUAUCAUUGUAAUUUUUAAUACUGAUAUCUGCCUAUAAAUAAAUAUAUAUAUUGAAUUAUAA